AUGUGUGAGCUAUUUGAGUACAAUCUUCUCAGGGGUAUGAUGUGUUCUAGUGGUGGAUCUAACGGGCUUUCACGAUAUGGUACUAGUGCUCAGGAGAACAUCAACAUGGUUACAAGUAAUGAAUCUUUCUUGAUAGUGAAACCGGAAAAUGGAGGAACACGGGACCUCGUAGGCCUCCUCCUCGGAGGCUUACGAGGAGAGAUCAAAGCUAAGUUUCUCGAAUAUUCUUGUGUUGACGAUGGUGGUGGUGAUUGUGAUGGCGGAGAAGAAGUGGAUGAUCAUAGAUGGGUAAUAUUUGUGUCCAUCUUAGUGAGGAAAAUAUUAAAGGUGUUGAAGAAACCAAUGGAAUGGAGUGGCUACUUCCUAGAGUUUUUCAUCAACCUCUUCUCUCUUAAUGGCAACUUUCUUGGUUUAUUCCACAAUAUCUUGCAUGGAAAGCUGGUGAUACCACAAAGAGGAACUGCAAAUUUCAUAAGUAUUAUUGGCCAUAUAGAUGGAAGAAUUAACUUACUAUACAACACUGAAAUAUUAACGAAGGAAAUUGCUCAAUCGGAUAGUUUCAUCAAAAAAAAUGAGCAACGAGAUAGAGCUCUCAUGGAUUUAUGUAUGAUGUCUUCAAAGUUGGCUUAUCAGAACGAAAACGUCGUUAAGGACGUUGUAAAUCAUCACUGGAAGAUGCAUUUUGUGGAUUUUUACAACUGCUGGAAUGAUUACCAGAAACAGAAUUCAACUCAAGUUUUCAUACUAUGCGAUAAAUCAAAAGAUGCAAACUUGAUUUUGAUCAGCUUCAGAGGUACUGAGCCAUUUGAUGCUGAUGAUUGGAUCACUGAUUUCGACUACUCGUGGUAUGAAGUUCCUAAAAUAGGAAAACUACAUAUGGGAUUCUUAGAAGCGUUAGGAUUAGGAAGCAGAGUAAACGUUUCCACGUUUCAUGAACAUCUUUUUGAUAAAAAUGUUGAUGUAACUAUUGCUCAUCCAGAGAGGAAGACUGCUUAUUAUACUGUUAGAAGCAAACUCAAAAGUUUACUAAAGGAACACGAGAAUGCAAGGUUUGUCGUUACAGGACAUAGCUUAGGAGGAGCGUUGGCUAUACUAUUUCCAACGAUGCUUGUUAUACAUGAGGAAAUGGAUGUCAUGAAGAGAUUAUCGCGUGUAUACACAUAUGGUCAACCUAGAGUUGGAAAUAGACAGUUAGGGAGGUUUAUGGAAGAACAUUUGGAACAUCCGGUGCCUAAGUACUUCAGAGUUGUUUAUAGCAAUGAUCUUGUUCCGAGGUUACCUUAUGAUGAUAAAACAUUUCUGUAUAAGCAUUUUGGUGUUUGUAUGUACUAUAACAGCUUAUACGUUGAGCAGGAAGUACGCGAAGAGCCAAACAUGAACUUUUUUGGGCUACGAUUCGUGUUACCAAUGUAUCUGAAUGUUGUUUGGGAGUUUAUCAGAGGCUUCUUUAUGUGUUACAUAUAUGGACCAGAGUACAAAGAGAGCUGGGAAUCAAUAUUUUUUCGGAUGGUGGGGAUGUUUCUUCCAGGGAUUUCUGCUCAUAGCCCGGUUAAUUAUGUCAACUCUGUAAGACUUGGAAGGAAGAAGUGUUCAGAUGUCAUCGUUUUGGUAAGUCUAGAUUGAAAUGAAAUGCCUUGAUCAAGUGAUUUAUGUCUCAAAAAAUAAACUCGUUAGAGCUUUUUCGUGUCUUGAAUAAAGUUUAUGGAUCAUAUUUUGGUGUUGUGAUUGUAAGAAGUGUUGGAACUAUUAUGAGUUGUUGAUGUGAAUGUAUCAAUGAGAGUACAUGUAGAAGUUUUUGUUGUUGUUG